UCAAUAUAUUUGCACGACUUUCCUUGAGGGUUUUGACCCUCUUGGAAGGAUCAGUUGCCAGACCAGCGCAGCAGGUUCAUCCUUUUGAACCUGUCCCGCAGUCUCUUUACAUCGUAAUAUUGGGACGAAAUGUAAUAAUUCUGAGAUUUGCGUGUGUGUAGAACCACUGGUGGUAUGAAUGUGUUCGAAUUGGCGCUUGAAGCUUGAAGUUGAAUCACGAUGUUCGUUUGUUCAUGAACUUUAACUCUCAUCUUUCAAACAAUACGUCUGCCGAUUUCUUUUACGACCCUCGUACUCACGGAUAUCAAGGCCCGCCGCGAACUGUCCGCCUUCAAAGGGCUUGUGCGAAUGGCGGAGGUGCGAUAUCAAAGAGUUCAGAUGGCACCAGAUGUGUGGUGACCGGCAAAGAAUCUCUCAAAAUCCUCAGGAUAGUGGACCCAUUGCAGACAAAUGAUUUGGAGGAUUCGAUCCAAUACAAAACCUCAGCAGUUGGUAAAGGAGGCUUUCGGAUUGAGGCGUCAAGAAAUCUGUGGGAUGGAAGUGGCUUGAAAAUCGAUAGCAGCAGCACUUGUGUAGCUUGGUGUCGCGAAGAAUACAAGAAUAAGAUUCUCACUAGUGCCCGUAAUGGCGAACUUAUUAUGUGGGACAUCAACAAAUCUGGCUCGAAAUAUGAACGCAAGUCGAAGGAUCAUAUACGGUCCAUACACGCACUGUCAAUCUCUCCCGUAGUCUCGAAUUACUGCAUAACUGGGUCUUCUGAUGGAGAUUUGCGUGUAUGGGAUCUGCGAGAAUUUCAGAAAUCCAUCAUGCGCGUCCGCCAUCCAACAGGCAUCCGUACGAUCGUAUUCUCCCCCGUCGUAUGGUCCCCCCUUCAAGCUGUCGUAGGGCUAGACAACGGAAGCAUCUACAGGUGGGACCUCAAGAUGGGACAGCGGGGCUCGCUGGACCGUAUUAUAGUAGCCCAUUCUGCCUCUGUAACUUCUUUGGAUUGGUGCAGCACCUCCACUGCCACCAGCGCCUCAAGUCCUCCCACUUCUGAAACUACAGGAAAUGGCUAUGGUUGGAUCGUAAGCGGAGGGUUGGAUCGUUGCGUAAACGUCUGGGAUUUAACCUCGGUGACGAAUAGUAAAAGUUCGCAUAUGCCGCACAAGCCAACGUAUACCCUACACCCAUCCUUUCAAGUCCGGCGCGUCCUCUGGCGACCCUCACACGAAUGCGAAAUCGCUGUAAUCUCAAAUGGUGAAUUCAGCUCAGGGAGUAAUCCUGAGAUGGGUUCCAACGCGACUCCUACUGUUUUACCAAACACGCCUGGUGUACCAGUUCGAACGCCUUCAACGCGGAACGUUCAAGGUGGACAGGGAUCUUCACAAAUCGAUGGUGGAGUUGGUGACGUAACAGAAAUUUGGGAUGUAAGGAGAGGUUGGAUAGCGAAAUGGCAUGUCAACGGAAGUGCUGCUGAAGGUGGUUCAACCGACUUUGCUUUUGGCGAUCCAAAUACGUUAUGGACUCAACACGGCUCUGGAAUGUUUUCUCAACUCGAUCUACGGGACGCCACCAAGCCUAUCGAUGCCAUCCCUCAAGUUUCACUUACUUCGAAUGCAUCUGGCUCGUUGACCUUUGUGUCCAGCUCGGCGAGCCGUUGGGAAAUACCAUAUGAUGAUAUUCGGCCUGAGGUACUCAAGCGGGCUAUCAAGUAUGGAAUUAAACAGAAAGGGAUUGGGGAUACUGUGUUCCAGAACACCUCCCAAGUCAUUGGGACGCUGGAUGGUCUGGCAUUUGAUAGUCUUCAGACAUUUGUGCAUUUGGCGAAAACAUAUGUAAUCGAAGGUGAAGACCGGCGGAAGAUUUGCAGCUCCAACGCGCAGAUCGCUUUUGAGGCAGGGCAUUUAGGAGCAGCACAAAUUUGGACAUUAGUGGCAGUGUCGUUGACUAACAUUAUCCCCAAUCCUCCAACCCGACCGCCCUCCAAAAACAAUAUGGUCCACUCCGUUUCUGCACCUGCCAUAGUAUCCCAUGGAGCUGACACUAGCCCAGGAGGCAAAUCCACUCGUGGAUCCGAGAAAGCUUCAUCAAUCUACAGUAAACAACUGUACACUCGCAGUCUUUCUAGAGCUUCAGGACAUACAAGGCGUACAACACCUUCGUCAUCCAAUAAUACUUCACCUCAUUACGGUCUGACUUCGCUUCCUCCUAUGACGCCAAUGUCCGGAAGGCUCCCUGCUUAUCUUGGAAGACGAGAAUCCAUUGAUUCAAGUAUCAAUGGUGUACCAAGUAUGACCUCCAGAAGACCCUCAGUGUAUCGACGCCCUUCGACAUCGUACAGUGCCAGUCCCAGCAGCUCGAGCUUGAAGCAUGUCGGUGAAGGCGCUUUGGAUGAUUCAGACAGCAGCUCGUCAUCUGAGGGCGAGGUUAACGAUAAUCAAUCCAAAGACAGUUUCUUCGACGAAGAAUCAGAUAUGCGAAAGACCCACGUCUCUCCAGCGGUCGCCACCUCGCGAAUUUCUCAUCCCAGUCCACUUUCGCGUGUGGCUGGACAGCAUCAGUGGAAGGGGAACGACGCAGAGGGGGAAGUGCAAGAUGAUGAGAACGACGACGAUGAAGCUUCGGCUUCUCCGAGAUCAACUGACAGCGAGGCGUCGAAUGGUGGUAACACCAGUCUAACUCGAACCGGAAUUUCUUCAAAUCGCAGAUCUCUCAAACGUAGUUCAACUUCGUUGACAAAGAGGAAUACCAAGACAAGAGGUCAAAGUGCGAGCUUCCUCACACCUGUUUCUUCUCACUUGUCUAUGUCGUCUCAACAAAAGCCACUCGUUCGACAGGACUCCAAUAGUAGCAUACGCACAGUUAUUGCUGGCGGGGAAGUUUCGUAUCGUGGUGAUCGGAAUGAAGGAAAUUCCCUCAAAGCUGAAGAGACUAUUAAACAAUUGCGGAAUGUGUCUAUUCAACAGCGUAAAGAUAAAACAUCCUUGCCGGAGAUAAUGGAAGGACAAUUCGACGGAGAAGUUCUGCCUUCGAGACAGGUCGUCUGGACACAAAGGCACGAGGAUAUAGUAGAAAAGGAGGAAGGGAAGAUAAGAAACGUUGUUUGGGCUGCAGUGUACCAGAAGCUCGAAGAAUUCGCUGAUGAUGGAGAUAUUCAGAUGUGUGCUAUGUUAGCUAUCCUUAUUUCUAAAGAGUUACGCCUGGGGAAACGACGACAACUGAUGUUCAUCGACAGUUACAUCGAACGACUUAUUCGAUUACAACUAUUUACUUGUGCAUCCUACAUCAGGAAGCAUGUCCUAGUAGAAGACAUUCAAAAACCCUCCCUGGUCGAAACCGUUAUUUACACCGCCUGUGGGCGUUGUAAGAGGGCUUUUGUCAGUACUUCUCAAUCAUCUGUUACUGGGGAGUAUUCCUAUUGCACUAAUUGCAGGCUUUCAAUCACAUGUGGCAUCUGUCGCCUUCCUGUCCGAGGUCUGAUGUUUCAGUGCUCUGUUUGUGCUCAUGGAGGUCACCAAUCAUGCUACCGAAGAUACUACACAACUCGCCCGAUGGAUGUCCUGUCUCACGUUCCAACUGUCCUUUCCAAAGCGGGACAAACAACCUCAGGUAGUGUGAUAUCCAGAAGUACUGCAAGCACUGCGAGUACCGCUGGCACGGAUGAUGAAGCAACGAGUACGACCAGCACCAGUAAUCGGGACACAUCCAGUGAGACUGGCGUCGAACCUUCGGAGACGACUUCACACGCAAGGUUACUAUUGGGACAUCCUUGCGUCGUCCCGCUUUGUGGUCAUCACUGUUGGAUUGCAAACAUAGAAGACAAUAGAGGAGUUUAA